UCUUUUCUUUGUUCAUAAAAAGACUCAUCCCAUCUAGUUGAAUUCUUAUGUUUUAGAGACAACAUCGUUUGUUCACCGAUUAUCGCACUGCCCGGUGGAGAUAGUGAGCAACAUCCAAGACAUUGUAAAAGGCCUUCAAGAACAGCUUUAUAUACUUGGAUCAUCUAAGGAAUGAAGAAACUAAUAAGGUGUUGAUAGCUAUCAAAUCGUUUGUGUUGUUGAGACUGUAAUCAACGCUAUGCCAGUGAUCAAGAAACCCAAAAGGCUCUUAGGAGCAUUUUGGGUUAGAAAAUUUAUCAGUAUUCUUGAAAUAAUAUUUGACGAUACUGAUAUUUUGGUAUUUGACGGUGACGGUGGUUGUAUUGACACCUCUACCCCUUCAUCUGAAAGCCAAUUUGGUAGACGAGUAGAUAUAUUUGUAUCUGUUGGAGAACAGGAGGAUUUAAUCAGCCUGGCAAGCUUUGAAACAAAACGAGAAGAUACUGUUGUCGGUGCACAAAUAUGCCAGCAAGCUAAAAACCAUCGUACAAAUGCUGAAACCUUGAACGGAUUCAACUAUUUGUUGCAAGGCAAUACUUCCAACUUCAUAUAUGUUGAUCUCGUAGGUCCAAGCGGCUGUAUGGUACAAGUCAGAAGACAUGGUGAUUAUUUCAUCUGUCAAUCGCUUGGUGGCUUCCAUAUUCCCACAGAGAUGGUUGAACUUGAUUUCUUGGAAAAUUUUUUGACGAUGUUGUAUACUUGGAAAGCUUGAAUUGUAGAACAAAGCGUACAUUUGAAAAAAGCAUUGAAAAGCAAAAA